AAACAGAAAGCCAGCUGGCAGAAACUGAACAGUGCCACUGCAUUUUUAUUGCUUCUAGCGCCCCAAAACGAGAUUAUUGCUAAAAAAAAUAUGUCUUUUUUAAUUUCAUUUAUCUCUGAUCCUACAUUAAUUUGUCUGCUGUGUGCAACAGUAUUAUUAGCUGUAGUCUAUUUUUCAACUGGCUAUAAACAUUCAGCUUUUAAAUUUCCUCCUGGUCCAACUCCUCUUCCAAAAAAACACUUGGUGGAUAUUAGAAGGCAAGAUAAAUCACUAAUGAAGCUUGCAGAAAAAUACGGCCCCAUCUUCACCCUCCACUUCGGGUUCCAGAAAGUUGUGGUCCUGACUGGGUAUGAAGUUGUGCGGGAGGCGCUUGUGAACUACACAGAGGAGUUUGUAGACAGACCAUCCAUCCCAAUAUUUGACCAAAUUCAGAACGGAAACGGUUUGUUCUUCUCUAUUGGGGAGCUGUGGAGAACAACUCGGAGGUUCACCGUAUCCAGCAUGCGCAACCUCGGCAUGGGGAAGAAAACGAUAGAAGGGAGAAUUUUUGAGGAACUUCACUUCCUUAUUGAGAUGAUCAAAUCCUUCAAAGGGGAGCCUUUUAGCCUGACAUCCUUCAACUGUGCUCCAAUCAACAUCACCUUUGUCAUGCUGUUUGGUGAGAGGUUUGAAUAUAAGGACCCAACAUUUAUCACUCUCUUAAGACUCAUAGAUGAAGUUAUGAUUCUUCUGGGAUCUCCAUAUUUGAACUAUUUCAAUUUCUACCCAUUCCUGGGAUUUCUUUUCAAAACCCACAAGAUUAUGCUUAAGAAAAUAGAAGAUGUGCGUGCCAUUUUAAGGCAAUACAUGAAGGCGAGCAGGGAGGAUAUCAAUGAGAACAGCGUGAGGAGCUACAUUGAUGCACUGAUAUUCAAGCAACAAGAGGAGAAAAACAAGAAAGACAGCCUCUUCCAUGAUGACAACUUAAUGGCAUCCAUACUUGACCUGGUCAUGGCAGGAACAGAGACCAUAGCCACAACACUCCAGUGGGCCAUCCUGCUGAUGAUGAAGUACCCAGAGAUUCAAAAAAAGGUGCAGGAGGAGAUUGGGAGAACUGUCAAAGCUGGAAGCUGGGCCACGUAUGAAGAUCUGAAGAACAUGCCAUUUACGAAUGCAGUGCUACAUGAAGUGCAGAGGUUUAUCACCCUCCUGCCCCAUGUUCCCCGCUGCACUGCUGUUGACACCCACUUUAGGGGCUACUUCCUUCCCAAGGGUAUAAUUGUAAUCCCAUCACUUACCUCAGUGCUGCUGGAUAAGACACAAUGGGAAACACCACAUCAGUUCAACCCCAACCACUUCCUUGAUGCUGAAGGGAAUUUUGUAAAGAAAGGAGCUUUCCUGCCCUUCUCCACAGGGCGAAGGAACUGCAUUGGAGAAAGCCUCGCCAAGAUGGAGCUGUUUGUCUUCUUUGUAGGGUUGCUUCAGACAUUUACUUUUCAACCCCAGCCAGGAGUUUCAGAGUCUGACUUGGACCUUACCGUCCCCCAAACGACUUUCACAUUAAGGCCUCAGCCUCAGGCAACCUGUGCUAUCCUGCGUGAAUAA